CUCUUCAAACCAUUGCAUCACCCCUUUUUUCUCCAGAUCUCUAGCCUAGUUCUCAUUGAGCUUGCUGUUUUCGUGCAGAGAUUUAUACUAAUGGAUGCUGAAUCAUCAUCUAACGAGUCACAACCAAAGAUGGAAAGCACAAUGGAGUAUCCAUUUGGAGCCGACAUCAAAGUCCUUCGAAUUAAAAGCUCCGCCUUAUGGUCAAUGUCUGGAGGCGGUUGUCAUGGCCACGAUAUGAAUCAAACAGUUAGCAUUGUGAGACGAGGAGAUUUCUCAUUCCAUGUUAUCAUACAAACCCAAAGCAGGAUUACUCUAACCAUUUGUAUGGUGGAUGAUUUGCAAUGGCCAAUAACCAAAGAUACCCCAGUCAUCCGAGUUGGGCUCCGAAGCUUUGCAUUUGCAAUGCCAGGCUUGCUUUAUGGACUCCAGUUUACAGAUGAUGGUUGUCAAAAGGAUUUAGAGGCUUUUGUGAAGCUUCUGGUGAGGUUUGGACAUUAUGAAGACCAUUCACCAGGAAGAGAAGCUACUGCAGGCAUGCAGUACACAUUGCAAGAAGAAGAUGAUGCCAAUUUUUGGGCAACGUCUCAAUACAAGAUAGACAACAUAACUCAACCAUUUCUGACUCAACUCGGUGCGAUAACAGAUUACAAGUCUCAUCUCAUGACUAGUUACUGCAUGGUGAAUUUGGAAACAAGUAAUAGGCAGAGAUCACUCAAAGUAGUGAGAAUGUCAGCAAUCACAAAGAUGAUAAGCAAAGGAAUUCUUGUUGGUGGCAUUCAUCCUAAUGAGCACAUAGAACUCUUUUACAGCCCAAACCAUUUUACUUUUCUAAACACCAACUACAGUGAGGAGGAUACUAACUAUGGUAUUGAUUCACGGGCGUCUCCAACUAUUUUUGCAUUUUCUGACAUCGUUGAAGCCAUAGAAGCGUAUGGAGUUGUUGUCUCGGGGAAAUACCAGUCCAUGCCACCUUAUGAGCCUAAAUGGAACCCAUUGCCAAACAUUACGUUUUGGAAUAUUAGCAAAGCGGGGUUAAUCCGGAUAUUGCAAGUAAUGGUAGCAUCGGCAACUAUGAAUAUCAACCAUGAGGUGACCGGAGACUCCACUGAUCAAGAAAAUAAGCCGAUUAUGAGAGAUAUCAAGAACGAGCACCAUCAGAAUGUUUCCGUUGAACCAAUGAAUGAAGAUUCAAACAUAUUUGCACCAAAAGAAAUCGCAGGAGGAAAUGUAUCUCCUGCUCAUCAUGAGUUCAUGGAAGAAGAGGUAAGACCUCAGGUGGAAGAAAGAGAAGGUUUCCAUAAUGCAGAAGAAAAUGACGAAGUACUUACUGCACCAAUAAGGGAAAUUAAGUUCCCAAUAAUCAACGAUCCCGAUACCAACGGUGCUGUUAGACCCGAAAUGAAUCGAGUCGAGGAAUUAAGAGAAGCUUGUGCUGGGAUGGAGGUUGCUUGAUUGAUGUUUCAAUUCAAAUGCAGUAUGUGUUAUUGCAAUGUGUUGCUUUGAUUAUUAGUUUAGUUUUACUUUCAUGUCUUUAGUUGAAACUAGUGUUAUGCAUGUACCAUGCAGUAUGUUUUUUUUCUGUUUUAGGAUUUCAAUUUUGGAGUAUAUCGAGUAAGGGAUUGGAAUUCUUGAAUCCUUUUACUUCGAUUGUAACGAUAAAUCUCCUUCCGAUGUAUUUAGUCAAGCGCAAACGAUCACUAAUUCAAAAUGACAAUUAAUGGAGAACAUUGGAAAUGAAACAUUCACUCUUGGU